AUGCAAAGGCAAUCAAAAAGUACCCCAACUGUAUCACUUCAAUAUGUUGGCAUAAAACUUAAAGACCUAAUCGUUCAGUACCUUCAUAGUAACUCAAGCAAUCAUCUGGUAGUUGCUUGUGUACUAGGCAAGGAAGCAACCAUUUGUGAGCUUAAACCGAAGGCACAGGAAAUAAACUGUGGUGAGCCGAAGCUUUAUGGUAUGGCACCUUUACACCUGGCUUGCCUAUUUGGACACCAGGAAGUAGUCAAUACUCUUCUUGAGUAUGGAGCAGAUGUAAAUUUGCGAGUCGAAAACACUGUUGCAAAGGAAACUCCAAUACAUAUUGCAGCUGGAAAUGGCUAUGGUGAGAUUGUGAAGGGACUACUUAUAAAAGGUGCUGAUCCAAAUACUAUUGCAUCAAACCACUUGAAAACACCCUUGCAUGUAGCAGUUAGUGAAGGCCACCUAGAUGUCGUCAAAAGUUUACUCCUAGGUGGGGCAGUGACUGAUGUUUCAAGACCUACUACGCUGAGUAAAUUUGCCUCCUGGUGCAGUCCACUUCACAUUGCAUGUAGGAAAGGACAUCUUGAAAUUAUUAAAGUCCUCAUUCAAAAUGGAGCCAAAAUUGAUGCCAAAACAGAAGACCCAAGAGGUGUUACUGCUUUGCACGAGUCUGUGAGCAGCAACCAAAUUGAUGUUGUGAAAUAUUUGAUUGAGCAUGGAGUGAAACUGGACAUUUUUGAUAUCAGUGGUUUCAGUCCAUUACACGCUGCUGCAAAACAUGGUUAUACAGAUGUAAUGGAUUUGUUGUUAAAGGCAGGCAUGACAGCUGACCUCUAUUGUGUUGACCCAAUACAUACACCCCUUGUCACUUCAAUCAUAUCUGGGCAAUAUAGUUCUGUCAAAACUCUCCUUGAGGCGGGUUCGAAAGUGGAUGGUGUUCUGAAUGAUGGUGCACCAUUGCAUCAGGCCAUACGUCGCGAGCCCACCAAUCUUCCCAUCAUUGAGCUUUUGGUUUCAUUUGGUGCCAGUGAACAUGUUCCUGAUGAAAUAGGCUAUUUCCCUCUCCACUGUGCAGCAUACUAUGGACAGUAUGAAAUAGCAGACUUUUUCCUGCAGCGUGGUCACAAUCAAAACCAGUUGUCUGAGAGUCCUGACGACAUUGGUCAGUGUGAGACAGCCCUUCACUGCGCCAUCUAUGGUGACAACCCGGAUGUCGUGCGGCUUCUUGUCAAGGCAGGUGCUUGUGUAAACUCUCAAGCCCAGCCUGGAAAACAGACACCUAUAUAUCAUGCUGUAUUAAACCGGAAGAUUGGAAUCGUAGAUCAAUUGAUCAGUCUUGGUGCAGACGUCAAUUUUACAGAUGCAUCUCAUGCAACACCACUUCAUCAUGCCGUAUGUGGUCAAAAUAAUGAAAUUGUAAGAAUGCUAAUUCAAAAUGGUGCAUUUCUAGAGGCCAAGACUCUCUGCGAUGACUUGACCCCUUUGCAUAUUGCAACAAUAGAUGGCACAGAUGACUCUGUUAUGUUGUUGAUUGACUUGGGCGCAUCUGUAAACGAAUCAUCUGCACAUGGUGAAACGUCUUUACAUUUCGCUGCUGAAUUAAACUUUGUCCAGAAAGCUGAGACCUUUUUACAAAAUGGUGCAGAUGUGAACUCAAGUGAUUGCAAUGGAACUACUCCCCUACAUCUUGCAUCAGGAAAAGGAUAUGAUGCCUUGGUUAAGCUUUUGUGCAAACAAGAAGAGGUCAAAAUUGAUUUAGUGGAUUGUGAUGGCAUAACACCCUUGCACUUGGCUGCUUUCAAUGGUCAUAAAACAGUUGUCCAGAUCCUUCUCGAUGCAGGCGCAGAUCAUAACAUGACGUGCAAUGGGGAAUCAAUUUGCAACAUAUGCUGUCGGAGAGGUUCUACUGAUGUGACACAACUUUUAUCAGGAUUCCAGGCAACUACGCAAUCUGUCAAAAAUAGUGAGCAAACUCAUUCCGUGACUCUGCCAAGGUAUUUAAUGACAGUCUUAGAUACAGAUGGCAUCGGAAGGAGUCCACAAUCAAAUCAGGCACGCCAUAUUAUCUGCGUUGUAACUGCUUUCAUAAAAGACCUGAUGAAAGCUGUUGGAGAAGCUGACCCACGUUUUGCUUGUGAAGUCACCUUAUCAGGGAGUAAUGCUGAAUCCUGCAAAGUUGGGGAGCCCAAUGAGUUCGACUUUAUGUUCUAUUUGCCAUCCUUAGCUGAAAACUUUGCACCAUCCUAUACCCCUGACGACGCGCCAGGCUACUGCAAAGUUGAAUUUAAAAAAGGCAAGGACAGUGAACUCGUGAGAGACUUGUUAAAGGAUGGCAAAUAUCUCUUCCCGCAGAGAAUCAAAGCCUGUCUCUUCAGCUUGAUUGAAGAUGUAUUCUUAUCUAAGAGGGUCAAGGUUCCACAAGAAAUUCGCUUUUAUCUCCAGGAAUUUUUGCCAAACAGUAGUAAACAUAGAAUAGUCAGUGAAAUCAAACCGGGUUUUAUUUUGCACUUCGAAUGGAGACGGGGAUUGUACACAGGUAUGCAGAUAACAGCUGACGUGAUUCCUACUCUGCCCUUUGCCUAUCAUAACGAGGUUUCACUGAAUUACACCACCCAAUCGCGAGACGUCUUGUCAGGAAUGGAAAACUCGGGCGCUGCUUUGGAAGCUAGUUUAUCCACACUGUAUCUAAUCCCAACACCAAUCUCAAGGCAUGCUACACAUUCCUUUGAAAACGUAGUUUGGCGCAUCUCUACUUCCAAACUGGAAACGAAGAUCCUUCGAGGAGUAGCUGAGUGUAAGAGGAACACAUACAUUCUUGGAAAGGUCCUUCUACAACGCAGUGGACAAGUGCCUGAUACAGAUGGACUUGGAUCUUGUGCAUAUUAUGUACACACCUAUCUUUUGAAAACUGCAUUUCUGUAUGAACUGGCAAGAGUUCCAGCGGACGAAGAAUGGGAGAGAGGUAACGCCGUCACCAGGUUGUUGCAAAUAUUUGAACUCUUAAAGAAGAACAUCAAAUCUGGAUGUGUGAAUUCCUUCUUCUUCAAGGAAUACAAUCUUGUUGUCACUGAGAACACCGUAACCGAGAUAAACGCUAGAAUUUGGAUAAUAGAUGCAAUACUGUUAUUUCUUUCUGGCAAAUAUGACUUGCAGCUGGAACAAAACGAACCCCAGAGUCUUGAAAAGAUGCUACAAGAUCAAAGACCAGGGUCUAUUUCCACCAGGGAGGUGAAUAAGUCACAAAGGCAAGAAUUGUCCAGCUCUAAGAAUUUACUCUCUUAG